CGGACCAUGACGCCAAUCCCCCCCACGCGAAUGCCGCUUCCGCCGCUUCUACACCCCUAAACUCGAUCGAUCCAAUUGAGACUGAUUGAAUCCGAACACGAGCGGAAACACUUGUAUCCGGGGGCGAAGCUAUCUCAAACCUUCUUUUCGAUCGAUACCCUUUUUCACCUCUUUUUACUUAUGUUUAUAUAAGGAGGGCGCAUAUAUCCUGGGUUGACAACAAUCUGCAAACGAGAGAGGAAGAACAGCGAGCCCCUUGUCAACUGCAACAAUGGCCGGUUCGAAAUCUAAAGCCCCCGUCGUGAAGGCGCAAGAGAAACAUGGAUAUGAGUUCGCUGGACCGCCCGGUGCAUUCGCCAUCUCGUUCCUCCUCCCGAUCGUCGUCUACAUCACGAAUUUCGUCUGCAACGACAUUUACGGAUGCCCGAUCCCCUCGGUGCUGGACCCCAAGACUUUGACCUGGGACAAGAUCAAGACCGAGACUGGAUGGCCAGGAUGGAAUGGCAUUGUAAGCUUGGAGGCUACUGGCUGGGUGUUGGGAUACUAUUUCCUGAGCUUGGUGUUGCACAGGUUCCUUCCGGGACAAAUCGUCGAGGGAACUGAACUCGCUAUUGGGGGGCGCUUGAAGUAUAAGUUCAACACUCUCUCCUCCUCCAUAUUCACCGUUGUCCUCCUCCUCGCCGGUACCAUCGCGCAAGGCGCCGACUUCCCAGUUUGGACCUACAUCUGGGACAACUACACCCAAAUCGUCACCGCCAACAUGCUCAUCGCCUUCACCCUCGCAACCUUCGUCUACAUCCGCAGCUUCAGCGUCAAGCCCGGCAACAAAGACAUGCGCGAGCUCGCCGCCGGCGGCCACUCCGGCAACAUGCUAUAUGACUGGUUCAUCGGUCGGGAACUCAACCCCCGCGUCACCCUCCCCAUCUUCGGCGAGAUCGACAUCAAAGUCUUCUGCGAGCUGCGCCCCGGACUCUUCGGCUGGAUCGUCCUCGACGUCGCCUUCAUCGCGCACCAGUACAAGACCUACGGCUACGUCACCGACUCCAUCAUCCUCAUCACCCUCUUCCAGGCCCUCUACGUCUUCGACUCCUUCUACAUGGAACCCUCCAUGCUGACCACCAUGGACAUCACCACCGACGGCUUCGGAUUCAUGCUCUCCUUCGGCGACCUCGCUUGGGUUCCCUUCAUCUACAGUCUGCAAGCGCGCUAUCUCGCCGUCUACCCCCUCACCCUCGGCCUCUCCGGCAACGCCGGCGUCCUCGCCAUCCUGAGUCUGGGGUACUACAUCUUCCGCAGCGCGAACAACCAGAAGAACCGCUUCCGCACCGACCCAUCCGACCCGCGCAUCGCGCAUCUCAAGUACAUGGAGACGGCGUCGGGCUCUAAACUCAUCAUCUCCGGAUGGUGGGGAACGGCGCGCCACAUCAACUACCUUGGCGACUGGAUCAUGUCCUGGGCAUUCUGUCUGCCGACAGGUGUAGCGGGGUACCUUGUGCAGCAAGGCCCGGCGCUGUUGGAUGGCGAGACGGGAUUCUCGCGUGGGGAGGAUAGGGUUGUGCAGGGGGGUGCGAGGGGGUGGGGAAUGGCGAUUUCGUAUUUUUACGUGAUUUACUUCGCGAUUCUGCUCAUUCACCGUGAGAGACGCGAUGAGACCAAGUGUAUGAGGAAGUAUGGGAAGGAUUGGGAGGAGUAUAAGAAGAUUGUGCCGUGGAGGAUUAUUCCGGGCAUUUACUAGGGAGCUGAGCUAUGACGUGUGUCUGGUGGAAGGGGGUUUAAUGGAGGGGGAUGUGUAUAUAGUAAUUGGGGUGGGAUAUUGCAUUUGCAGGUUAAUAAUGGGGGGAUAGCAUAAAUCGGGUAUGGUAAGAGACGUAUCAAAAACAAUAAUAAAUUAUUACCAC